UUUUACGAUGCGCUCGCACCACGCAACAAUAAUGAACAGAAUUAAAAAAAAAAAAGCCACAUACAAUUAAAAAUUAUAUGUGUGCUUUUAAAUCAUAUACCUUAGUUAUUGGUAUUUAAUUCUGGUCCAAAGAAUUAAAAACAUUUAUUUAUUGUUAACAUUAGCGAUAGAAAUUGUAUUUACAAAACGUUUACCACUAGAGAGAGUACAUGUUGACGUCAGCCGGGGCUACGCCCCAUGAGCCUAGUCAGUCUCCGUUUCCUCAACAUUCCUCUCCCCUUCCCCGGCAUUUGUACCGCCAUGUACGUAGUCGUGUGUUUGAAUUGCGCGCCACGAACUACCACAAGAGGGCGCUUAGAAGCAGUGCGGCGAUCCCUAAAAUUGCUAUGUUAAUAUUAAUUGUAAGCCUUUUUGUUGUUUUCAUCCAUCUUCGCCCCAGUGCUGUGUAGUUUACUUGUGUUUCUUUAAUUUAAAUAAGUUACCUUAAAUAACUAUAGACGUUGCCCGGGCGGACCCGAACAGGCACGGACUUGGACGAGGAUAGGAAUGCUUUUAUAUGAAUUAUCAUUAAAUAAGUAAAUAGUAACAAACUUUCCAUUGUCAGUAAUUUUUAUAUAUUUUUAAUGUUUAUCUGUAAUUUACUCAACUUUCGCCGGGGCACGGAGUCGUAGAAUACAGUAACGGUAAUUGUGUUGGCGCGAAGGGCGCCAUGUUGCCACCUGCAAGCGAUGAGCUCAGCCCAGUCGAUCUUCAUCACUGACCGAGAGCAGACGCGCCAGCACCCCGGGGACUUCAACCUUUGUUCUGCACUGACCAAGUAAUUCUGUCUCGUUAAGUAUUUCUGAAUCUCUUUCGCUCGUCAACCUCGGGGCAGCUCUCGGUCAGCGGACUGUUUAAUUAAUUAAUUGUCUCAGUCGAGUUUCUUUCAUCACCGUGUAAUAAGUAAACUUUGCAGCAUGGCCACGUGUGUGGACCAUGCCUUCACCUAAACCGAUUCGUGCCUCAGGCUUUUUAACCGUGUAAUGUGUAACGUGUAACGGGCGUGUAGAGAGACGUGUUAGUGAAAUUAAAUCUGGAGAAUAAAUAUAAAGUGAGUACUUAUUUAAUCACGUGGUGAGUGAGUCUAGGAGUGUGGCGUGCCCGACGCCUAGAGCGGGCCAGGUCUGGGUAGCUAGGAUAGAAAGGGCUGGUAACUCGUCCCCACUUGGGCUACGUCACGCCCUGAGCGAGAGACUCCGCCGGGUCCACGUGCCCUUCCACGUGGUGGCGCCCAUAGUUAACAUCUCGAAAUCACCGGCAAUGCGCGAUCAGCCCUCAAAUGGCGCCCAAGAGCGUGGGGCGAGUUACAUCUUCCGCGAAAACCAGACCUGUACGAGCGUGUGAGAUAGGCGGUUGUUACGCGGAGCGCGCGGAACUAAAGUUCGCGCUGGAACUAUUGUUCGCGCGGAGCGCAUAGCGGGACUCUGGCGCGCCGGCCACGUGACCAGCCGGGCGCGCGCUUCCAGGAAUUCGCUGCGAGCAGCCAGGUGGCCGCAUUCCUCGCGACAACAGCAGCCGGGCCAGGUCAGUGUGUGUGUGUACCGCCAUCCGCGUCGCGUCGCGUAGCGAAGGGAAGAGGGGCAAUCGACCGGCCUCACCACCACACGACCAUGUCGGACAACCACGGACUUGACAAAAAUCCGGGCGCGAUUAAGGCAAGUGAGUUGUUUCAAAAGAAUAGCUUAUAUUGUGUUAUGUGCGCGCGACCGCGCCAGGUGAGCGGGACGGCGAUUUCUUCGUGGACGGACACGUGCGUGUGCGUAGGACAGUAUGAAGCGCAGCCGAACCACGAGCAGGCAGAACGGGCGGAUCAGUUUGAGGCGGGACACGGGAAGUGCACGGAUGCGGAGUGUGAGGGCAAGACGCGGGAGGGAGGCUGGUGCCGGAACUGUCGCGCGUUCAAGCACACGGCGUGUUUCGCGAAGUCCGAAAUAAUCUCCUUUCAAGACGGGUGGUACACGUGCCAGUGGUGCCACCACGUGAGAAUAGCGGGCCCGUCAGGCCGCAGCCCGGUGAGAGACGCCGCCGACACACCACGGAGCAGGGUACCUCUCAUAGGACACGUGGAGCUACCGGAAUUUGCGGGCAGAACCAGCGACGAUCCGCGGAGAUUUGUACACGCGUGUCGGGAACGCCUGAAUCGCUACGGAGUGCCGGAGUGUGAGUGGGCGAACAGGGUGAGCACCGCGCUCAAAGGCGACGCCAAGACGUGGUGGCAGAUCGUCCAGGAGUAUGACAUGCCGUGGACCGAGUUCGCGAGAUUGUUCGAGGCCAGAUUCGCGGACGUGAAGACAGAGAUGAGAGUGCGGACGGAGCUGUAUUGUCUCGAGCAAGGCGCGACGGAGGCGGCGGAGGCGUUUAUCAUGAAAAAAAUACGUCUGUACAAGCGGCUGUUUCCCGGAGAAGAACCUACCGGAGUGCUGGAGCGGGUAGUUGAGCUGAUGCGCCCGGAAUUUCGCCCGUAUUUACGCCCGAUGACGCGGCGUCCGGCAGAGGAGUUCGUCCAACAGGCGCGCGUCUUAGAGCAGGACCUACGAGCUGUCAGACCGACCAGGAUCCACGCCACCCUGAGCACCAAGCAGGAAGACACGACGCCCGCCGACACCAAGGCGCUGGUGCCCUACACGGCGCCCACCCGAGACCAAGCUAGGCGCGACGAACCCGGACCGAGCGGCCACGCGCAGCUGACAUGGCGGAGACGGACUACCGGCGGCAGCCCACCACCUCAGUGCCACACGUGUCCACCAGGCACGUUCCAUUGGCACGAGAACUGCCCGGUGAGGAACAAGUUCCGGCCUGACUUCGCGGCGCAGCAGCCGUCGGGAAACGGACGGCAGGGGGCGGCGCGCUAAGACAGCCCACCUCCCCCGCCUCACCUAACAACAACAGACCUACGGCGGCGGGGCCUCUCCUGGGUCACGUGGGAGCGGCGGAGGCCGACCUGUUGCGCAUUCCGGUGGUUGUCAACGGGCGCGCAGUCCACGCGCUUGUUGACACCGCCGCCAGCCACAACUGUGUGGCGGCACGCGUGAUUGGCCGUGACAACUUCGAGUACCACCCGGGCCAACUCCAGCUGGCUACCACGGGGGACGCCUGCUACACCCAGGGCGUCGCGACGCUGGAGGUGGACGUGCGGGACCAACGGUCCGUCACGACGGCGCUGGUGGUGGAGCAGUUACGUGAUGACGUCAUUCUGGGGCUACCCUGGCUCUACGAGCAGCACGCAGCCAUCGACAUCCGGGCCGGCUGCGUCCACGUCGGCACCCAGGGGCGGCGGACCAUCCACGGGCUGGGUAAGCCUACUCCACCAGCAGUAAACCAGGUCAGUCUCGACGAAUUCCAGCACGGAGUUCCCCCCGAGUUUCGUGCUACCAUCCAGCAGGUCCUCGAUCAUCAGUGUAAUGUGUUUGCGUCCGCGGACCCGCUGAAACGUACCACCAUAGCUGAGCAUGCCAUCCCGACCCAUCCUCACGAGCCAAUGUUUAUCCCACCCGGUAGCUACGGCCACGUUGGUAAACAGACCAUCCUAGACCAGGUUCAGGACAUGUUGCAUGACGGGAUAAUUGAGCCUAGCGAAAGUCCGUAUAAUUUCCAGGUCGUGUUGGCAGAAAAAAAAAGACGGGAAACUACGCUUCUGUGUCAAUUUCAAACCUAUCAAUAGAGUGACAAUUAAUGCCCCACCCCCCCUGCUGAACAUAGCCGACACACUUUCAGGCCUGGGUAACGCCAAGAUAUUUUCUUCCCUCGACCUAAAAUCUGGGUAUUGGCAGGUGCCGAUACGUCCGGCGGACCGACCCAAGACGGCGUUCACAGCCCCAGACGGGCGGAGAUUUCAGUUUUGCGCGAUGCCAUUCGGCCUACAGGACGCCCCCGCUACCUUCCAAGGGAUGAUGACACGGGUCUUAGACAACUACUCGGGCAAGUUUGCGGCCGCGUAUCUGGACGACAUAAUUGUUUGGUCUCAGACGUGGGAAGAACAUGCGCAUCAUUUAGCGUUAGUCUUGGAACGCCUGGCGAGCCAUGGUCUGACAUGCAAUCGCGAAAAAUGCCACCUGGGGACCACAGAACUAGAUUUCCUGGGCUUAGUGGUUAACGCGGACGGAAACCGACCCACGGAAAAACAGCUGAGUGUAAUUAUCAACAAGGAGCCCCCACGCACG